AUGUCAGGUCAAACUUAUUUUAUUACUGGUGCUAACCGUGGAAUUGGUCUUGAAUUAGUUAAGAAAUAUGCUAGUUUAAAUAAUUCAAAUGUUGUUAUUGCUACUGCUAGAGAUCCUACCAAGGCCAAGGAAUUAAUAGAAUUAACUGUUACCAAUCCAAACGUUAAGGUUAUUCAAUUAGAUGUUGGUGAUGAAAAGUCCAUUGAUAAGAUCGAUGAACAGUUAGAAGGUUUAGGAAUCAAAGGUAUUGAUACUUUUAUUAACAAUGGAGCUCUUGGUGAUUCAUUUGAUUCACUUUUCAAGACUGAAAGUAAGACCUUUUAUGAUCACUUUAGAGUUAAUACUAUUGGACCAAUUUUAACUGUUCAAAAGUUAUACAAAUAUUUAGUUGAAAACAAAACUAGAAAGAUUGUUUUCAUUAGUACUGUUGCUGCUUCUUUAACCCAAUUUAUGCCAGUUAAUACUACUGCUUAUGGUGAAUCCAAAGUUGCUUUGAAUCAUGCUGCUUUACAAUUCAGCAAUGAAUUAAAAGCUGAAAAUUUCAUUGUUGUUCCUUUACAUCCAGGUGUGGUUGGAACUGAUAUGGGUGCCCACUCCUUUGAACUGUUCAAAGAUAAUGGACCUGAAAUCAUGGGUAUGUUGAACAGUUUAUUGAUCACUCCAGUUGAAAGUGCUUCAUCUAUUUCAAAAGUUGUUGAAGGUUUAAAACCUGAAGAUUCUGGUAAGUUUUUCAACUAUAAAGGUGAAGAAGAACCAUAUUAG